AGAAUCUUCCAAGGUGAAAGAGGUAGGUAGCGCUUGCUCGUGCCAUGCCGUGGGCCUUUACUUUAAUUUUGACUGCAGUUGCUGCAACAGAAGUGCCCACAAGCAUCGACGAGCUGGUGUCGCACUAUGAGCAGAUUUUCAAGACCGGGAAUCGCAAUGCCGCUUCCCACCUGUGGUCUAGUUAUAUUUUAGAUCGAGCUGCUCAAUUGGAGGCAAAGACGCUAGAGACGCUUUUUAGAGGCUUUUGCCCUGUCAGCGGGUCACCUUUGCCAGAUCAGCCCCAGACGCGGUUUUAUAGUACACUGUCAAGUGUCACUGGUGAAAAGGUCUCGGGGAUUACACACCACUGCUGCUGGCCCUGCAUUUGCGAUACGCAGUCUGCGGUGAAGACGGAUACGAAGGAGAUCCAGACUGCCUCAGGGGCAAAGUCCUACACCUUCCUCGUAAUUGGCGAUCCAUGUGCCAAUUCUGCGAAGCUUCUGGAGGGGUACAAAGAUCCCUUCACUGGAUCUCAAGUCACACUCCAGGAGCAGGCACCCGAAGUGACUUGCGUGGACAAUAGGUUGAGUGGAGCACACUUCAGCUCGCGUGGCCACGUCAUCAUCGGAAUGUAUUUUGUAGGAGAUGCAGAGAAGGAGGCCUUGCCCUUUAAUGAUGCCUCCACCUUCAAGGACAAGUGUGAGGCUCGUAAGGAGCAUGGCUUCGGCAGUGGCAUGGGUGCCAUCUUUCAAAAGGUGGCCGCAAUCAACCCAAUCGUGUCACCGUCUUUUCUGCAGAAGUGGGAUGCCCCGACAGGUUCCGUGGACAAUCAAAGGCUCGAGCUGGCAUUGAUCAACAUCUUUGGCGUUGUUGGUGCUGUUGGUGCUGCGCUGCUCAUCAUCAUGCUGGCGAGAAGACAGCCCAAACUCAAUGCUGGAUCAGACUCUGAGGUUGAGUAGGCCUGUCAUGGCUGCCUGACAAAUUAAGAAUGCUAAGCCAGUUCCUUCCUUUAGUAUCCUUUAGUGAGGACGACUUCAGCCGAGCUUUGCUGAUUUCCGUUUUGAUUCCCAAC